UUGAUAAUGUAAGUCGGUUCUUACUAGGGCUGUUUAUUUUUACUCUUAAAUUCAGAGAUUUUCACAUCUCUGUAGAUAUGCGCACCUUAAACAUGUUUAGAGUCUUGAUAUCAGCAGCAGCUCUUCUUACAACUGAAGGGCUCUUGGUUCAAGGACCUGCUCAUUCUCUGGUUGCACAACUGGGGGGUUCCAUCCUCCUGCCCUGCUCUGUGGAAACCCCAUUACCUGUGGAGGAGCUGGAGGUCGAGUGGAAGAAGACAGAUGAAGAGGCAUUAGUGCACUUGUUUCAGAACGGUGAGGACAGACCUGAGGCUCAGUAUCCGUCUUACAGUGGCAGAGCACAUUUUUUUCCUGAGCAGAUCUUUAAAGGAAACUUUUCAAUCCUGUUGGAAAAUAUAACAGUCGUGGACACUGGUAUCUACAAAUGUGUAGUUUACUUUGACCAGGAUGUUGGGGAGAUCCCUGUUACAAUUCAACAUGUGCAGCGUGUAGUUGUGACAGGAGAAGAUCAAAUUGUGUUUGCACAUGUUGGCGAGGAUGUUGUUCUAAAUUGCCUGGUUGACUCGCAUGUUCCUCCUCAACACUUUGACGAGGUCUCAUGGAUGAAGGUGGACAAAAAGUCCGACAUCGUCCCUGUCUUGCUUUUCCAAAAUGGGACAAUCUUCUCAGGAUCGAAUCACGAGCGUUACAGAGACAGAGCAGAGUUCUUCAGAGAAGAAAUUCCCAAAGGCAACUUCUCAAUGAGACUAAAAAAUGUCCAGACUGCCGACAAGGGAGAAUACGUGUGUGAAGUCCACGCAGAAUAUUCAGUGGGCUCUGCUACUGUGGAAAUAGGGCGGUUGGGAAUGUCUGCUCUGCACAUCAUUACACUGAUGCUUUGCUUUAUUUCCCUCUUUGUGACUUUUGUAUUAAGUAUUCCAGUCGCAAUCUAUAUAAGCAGAAAAGAUACUGGGACAAAGCCCAUGUACAUAAAUUAUUUGCAAGUUGUCUGUCCCAACAUCUGUUUAUCUAUUGCAUUUAUUCUGUGGGGUGUAAUUGAAGGGUCUGUGGUUGAGGUAACAAUGUGUGCAAUAAUUAAUCUGACAAGGAUCAUUUUAUUGUUUCUUGUGGCCCCUUAUUAUAAUUGGAAUACAAAAGUUUCUGUUAAUUUUCCAGGUUUCAUCCACAAAAUAAUUGAAUAUACAGGUAUUCCUAUUGCAUAUCUUCUGAUUUCCACUGCAUUUUGCUCAGCUGUUCUUCAUGAUCUUUGGAAUGCAUCUCAGUGGAGUGAAGCUGUGCUUGUCAGUGUUGGGGUUAUUCUGCUGUCAUCCAUGCCAGCAUCUCUUCUAGCUUUAAGCCAUGUUUUCUUGAUACGUUUUUUUGAUAUUCAUUUUUCCCUUCGAUUUGUAACAAACUCGUUAGGACAUGUUCUCAUGCAGUCAAGCAACUUUCUUCAAAUGUGUCUCCUCUUCUUUAGAUCAUCAAGCGUUGAUGAAUCCAUGAUUAUAAUGACAUAUGCUUUUGGGGGAAUAUCUGCUGCCAUUUCAUUCAUAGUUCUUCCAAUUCCAGCAAUUCGACAGUACCUUUGUUCAAAGCUUGACAAAAAUCAACUUUAUGCACUUAUAUGGAGAUGUUAUUUAGUUUGGGUAACCGUUAUGGUUGUCACGCUCAUCGGACAUAGUGCAUUUAUUUUAUAUUAUCUGAACAAGAUUCUGGAGUAUACUAACGAGCGUUUUGGAUGGAUCUUUGUCACAGUUCUGCUCCACGUCUUGACUGCGAUUGCACCCUCGCGAUUCCACAGAACAGUUCCUGAUGUCAUUUACACUACUUUGUUCAUGUAUGGGGUGGCAGGCCUGCCAGUGGUCAACUCUGUUUCUCUUGCCACAGAAUUAAUACUGCAAGUGUACAAGGGAGAGAGAACAAUUGAUGAUCUGCGUGUUAUAGUGCUGCCAUUUGAAAGCAUUAUGUCUGGUGUGUGGCUGGUUUUACAGAUCCAUGCAUACUGGAAAGGUGCAGGGAGAGAAGUAGUGAAGGAGCUGAAUGUGCUGAGGGACUUUGCGGCACAGUGCACACCACAGGAAGGAGACUUUGGUGCAUCAGUUAAUUUCUCAGAGAUUCACCUUUCUGAAACUCAAAGAUGUCAGCCAGAGGAGGCACCAUUCCUGGGAGAGCGAGAACUAGAGGUUUAAAAUCUUAGUUUUAGCAAUAACACAAUGUAUGAUGAGCUAUAAUGUUAACAUUCC